AACACACUCGUUUGUUUUGUCUCAUGAGACAUGAUCACUUCCUCUUCCUCCUCCACCACCAACCUUGGACCUCACUCUCUUCACUUCGUCUCCAAACCAGCCACACACACAAACGCAAGGUUUCUCUCUCUCAGUCUCAGAGUCCAAUUUUGGGGCACUGCACUUUCCUCAACCACAAGGACCCCUUUGAGACCCACAUGCCAAUUCAACUGUUACAACGCCAAAGAUGGAAACUUUGGGCAAAAAGAGGAGGAGGGUGAGCGUGAGGUGCAUUGUGAGGUUCAAGUUAUAUCUUGGAGGGAACGCAGAGUCAACGCUGAAAUCACAGUCAAUGCUGACACUGAAUCCGUUUGGAAUGCUCUCACUGAUUAUGAGCAUCUCGCUGAUUUCAUCCCGAAUCUUGUGUGGAGUGGGCGAAUUCCUUGUCCAUACCCUGGAAGGAUUUGGUUAGAGCAAAGGGGAUUCCAAAGGGCAAUGUAUUGGCACAUAGAAGCCCGUGUUGUUUUGGAUCUUCAAGAAGUCAUCAAUUCAGUAUGGGAUCGAGAACUUCACUUUUCCAUGGUUGAUGGAGACUUUAAGAAGUUUGAUGGCAAAUGGUCCGUAAAAUCUGGAACAAGGUCAUCAACAGCUAUUUUAUCUUAUGAAGUUAACGUGAUACCAAGAUUCAAUUUCCCAGCUAUUUUCUUGGAAAGGAUUAUCAGAUCUGAUCUUCCUGUGAAUCUUCGAGCUUUGGCUUACAGAGCUGAAAGGAAUUUUAUGGGCUAUCAGAAACUUCCACUGCCAGAAAAUCACUUGCACAAAACUUCUGUGGCUACUAACGGUUCAUCUGUCAAAAAGAUAAAUGGUGUUUCGUGUCAAAGUGAUAAGUUGCCUCCUGUAGAGAGCCAAAAAGAAAUUGCCAGUUCAGUUUCUGGUUCCUUGCCCACAUUUUCCAGUGAGGUGAGCAGCAACUGGGGUGUAUUUGGAAAAGUUUGCAGGCUUGACAAACCUUGCAUGGUGGAUGAAGUUCAUCUCCGCAGAUUUGAUGGACUUUUGGAAAAUGGAGGUGUUCAUCGCUGUGUUGUUGCAAGCAUAACAGUUAAAGCUCCUGUUCGUGUAGUAUGGAAUAUUCUCACUGCCUAUGAGACUCUUCCUGAUAUAGUUCCAAAUUUAGCAAUCAGUAAGAUUUUAUCACGAGAUAACAAUAAAGUCCGCAUUCUUCAGGAAGGGUGUAAAGGCCUUCUUUAUAUGGUGCUUCAUGCUCGUGUGGUGUUAGACUUGUGUGAAUAUUUAGAACGGGAGAUCAGUUUUGAGCAGGUUGAAGGGGACUUCGAUUCGUUCCAGGGAAAAUGGAUUUUUGAGCAACUAGGAAAUCAUCACACACUGUUAAAAUACUCUGUGGAGUCCAAAAUGCGCAAAGAUACUUUCCUUUCUGAAGCCAUCAUGGAGGAGGUCAUUUAUGAAGAUCUACCAUCAAACUUGUCUGCAAUAAGAGACUAUAUUGAGAACAGAAUUGCAUCAAAAUCUUCUGAAGUUUGCGAGCAAAAUACAAAUUCAGGGCAACAUGUUUCAUCUGGCUUUCAAAAAGAUGACAACCUAGGUUCAGCUGAGGAAGUUUCCAAUUGUAAUGUUCAGUGUUCAUCUCAACAAAGGCCUAAAGUUCCAGGCUUACAGAGGGAUAUUGAAGUACUAAAAUCUGAACUCUUGAAAUUCAUUGCGGAAUAUGGACAGGAAGGAUUUAUGCCAAUGAGGAAGCAACUUCGUUUGCAUGGAAGAGUGGAUAUAGAGAAGGCUAUAACUCGCAUGGGAGGAUUCAGAAAGAUUGCAACCAUAUUGAACCUUUCUCUGGCUUACAAACACCGCAAACCAAAAGGUUACUGGGACAAUCUUGAAAAUUUGCAGGAGGAGAUAAGUCGAUUUCAAAGGAGCUGGGGAAUAGACCCUUCAUUUAUGCCCAGUAGAAAGUCAUUCGAGCGUGCAGGGCGCUAUGACAUCGCGCGUGCACUGGAAAAGUGGGGUGGACUACAUGAGGUUUCUCGGCUUCUGUCCCUCAAGGUAAGACAACGAAACAGACAGGACAACCUUGCUAAGGAUGAAGGGAGUGAUCAUACAGUGUCACCUGAUGUAGAUAGUGAGAUUCAGACAGCAUCUAAACCAUGUCCUAUUUCUCAAGACACACAAAAGUGGCUUAAAAAACUAAAACAGUUGGACAUAAAUUGGUUUGAGUAACAGAAAAUGGUUAGAAGGGUGUUGGUUUGAGUAUACCCAUGAUGCGUUUGGAUUUACCUCGAGUUUUUCUUGGUUUCUUUCACAUGCUUUUGGUUUCAUCUGAUGAAACAUUAUUGCAUUUCGACAUGCCUGGUUUGGGGAGGAGAAAGGUGACAUUGUGAACCAUUAUAUUUCCAACAUCAACAUCAUAUCUCACACUUAAGAUUUUGGUCAAUGACAAUUCAACUACACGCACAUCUAUUCUAUCCUUCUUGUGAAACGUUUUCAACACAAUCUUUAAUAAUCAAGUUACGAGACAACAACUUGAUAUCAAUCGGACGAUAUUAUACUAAAGCUCAAACU